AUGAUUGGGUACUGCCGCUCUUGGCGCUUCGAGCUUUCUCUCGUGCGGCUGAGCGACCAAGGCCAACUUCAGCCUCCCACACCAGCUCCCGGCCGUCGUCUACGAGAAGCGAUCACUGUUAAACAACCUCCACUGCCGCCAUCAGACACGAAGGGCACGAAGGGCACGAAGUGGCCUCCACAUAGUAAGCACCCGCCGAGCCCCAACGACUACACUGUCGGCUGGAUAUGCGCUAUAAGCACGGAAUACACCGCGGCACGAAGCUUUCUCGAGGAGCAACACAGCGGACCCGAUCACGUCUCUCCCAAUGACAACAACGAUUACACGCUGGGAAGGAUCGGGAAGCACAAUGUUGUCAUUGCUGUUCUGCCUGACGGGGAGUACGGCACAGCUUCUGCUGCAGGCGUUGCUAGGGAUAUGCUACACAGCUUUCCCAACGUCAGAAUCGGUUUGAUGGUCGGCAUCGGCGGCGGCGCGCCCAACGAAAAGCAUGACAUCCACUUGGGAGAUAUCGUGGUCAGCGCUCCCCGCAAAGGGAAGAGCGGUGUGUUUCAGUACGACUAUGGCAAGGCGAUACAGGAUCAGAGCUUUGAACCAACGGGGUUCUUGAAUCAGCCACCAGCAGCCUUACGAGUGGCGGUAGCUGGGCUCGAGACACAAUAUGAGGGGGAAGGUCAUCAACUCGAAGAUGCCAUCAACCACAUACUCGAGAGGAAACCGAGACUGCGGAUGAAGUACAAGCGACCGGAUCAAGGUAGCGAUAGACUCUACAGCAGCGACUUCGUCCACCGUGCGAAUACCGAAGGAAACUGCACAGCAAUCUGUGGUAAUGAUGCGUCCAAUCUAUUAUCGCGGCGCGAACGGGGAAAACAUGAAGACAAUCUAGUUAUUCACUACGGCCUAAUUGCUUCUGCGAACCAGCUGAUGAAAGACGCCCGGGCUCGGGAUAGACUCGCAGCCAAGAUGGAAGCAGCCGGCCUGAUGAACCACUUUCCCUGUCUGGUCAUCCGUGGGAUAUGCGACUACUCGGACUCUCAUAAAAACAAGGAGUGGCAAGGAUAUGCAGCAAUGCCGGCGGCUGCAUACGCAAAGGACCUUCUCUAUCGGAUGCCUCCCAAUAAGGUUGAAGCUGAAAGGAGGAUUAGAGAGAUUCUUUCUGAUGUUGACGAAAACAUCAAAACAAUGAGAUCGAAGUUGGAUAGAAAACAAGACCUCGAGAUCUUGAACUGGAUCACCCCAACCGACUAUGAAUCGGAGGAGUUCAAGACAUGGGUGACGACUGAGAAGCAGACGCUCUUCUGCCCAGGCAUUCCAGGGGCAGGAAAGACAAUUCUCAUGUCCAUGGUGGUGAACCAUCUCAUGAUGGAAUUUCAGGCCGAGUCGAGUGUUGGAAUUGCAUACAUCUACUGCAAAUUCCAACGGCAAGAAGAACAGACAGUUGCCCAUCUACUAGCCAGUGUGUUGAAACAACUAGCCGAGAGUCAGGAUUCCCUAGCUUCAAGCGUAAGGGAGUUAUACGACAACCAUGACAUCAGACGGACGCGGCCAUCGGUAGACGAACUAGCUAAAGCUCUGCAUUCUGUUGCUGCCAUGCACUCUCGGGUCUAUGUCGUUGUCGGCGCGCUGGAUGAAUGCAAAACAAUAGACGGCUGCCGGGAGAAAUUCCUGACCGAGAUGUUCAACCUUCAAGCUAAGACACAGGUCAAUCUUCUAGCGACCUCACGGCCAAUCCAGGACAUCCAAACGAAGUUCCAGGGAAGCUUGUCAUUGACGAUUCGUGCUACGAAUGAGGACGUGCAAACCUAUUUGACUGGCCAUAUGGCCAGACUACCAUCAUUUGUUAAGGAUGAUCCUGGCUUGCAGAUGAAAAUCAAGGAUGCGAUAGUGCAAGCCACCGAUGAAAUGUUCCUCCUUGUUCCACUUCACGUAGAUGCUCUAGCACAACAGCCUACCGUUGGAAAUAUCGAAUGGGCGCUACAGAAUCUACCUCGCGGAGUAGAUGAAAUUUACGGACAGGCAAUGGCCAGAAUCAAAGGCCAAGGAAGUGAAUCUCGUGACUUGGCCCUGAACAUUUUGUCUUUCGUCGUCCACGCAAAAAGAAUUCUUUCUUCAACUGAACUCCGACAUGCAGUUGCAUUUAUUCCAGGUCUUGACAUCAUAAGUUCGAUCUGUGGAGGCUUGAUCACCAUAGCCAGUCAAAGCGAUAUCGUUCGCUUGGUGCACUACACUACGAAGGAAUACUUCCGACUGCAGUUAAAUCCACUUUACGAUUACGCGGCACACAACUGGGGUCAUCAUGCUCGGGAAACUUCGCCAUUACCCCAAGAAGUCACAAAGUUGAUAACAUGCCAGGCAACGGUUGCCGCGGCUAGCCAAGCGCUCAUGGCCACUAGGUGGUAUGGUCGAAAUUCCAGCCAGGAGGUUCCAAAGCAGAUGACGGGCCUUCACUUGGCAGCAUUCUUUGGCAUCAAAGAGGCAGUACAUCUCUUUGUUCAAGACCUGGAGAACUUGGAUUGGCGCGCUAGUGAUGGCCGGACGCCGCUAUCGUGGGCCGCUAGCGGAGGUCACGAGCAGGGUGGGCGGCGAUAUAUUCGACACCCCUGUCACGAGGCUGUAGUGAAGCUACUUCUCGAGAAGGGCGCUGAUACGGAGGUGAAAGAUAAGGGUGGCUGGACGCCGCUAUCGUGGGCUGCUGAGCAAGGUCACGAGGCCGUAGUGAAGCUACUUCUCGAGAAGGGCGCCGAUACCGAGGUGAAGGAUAAGUUCGGCCGGACGCCGCUAUCGUGGGUUGCUGAGGGAGGUCACGAGGCCGUAGUGAAGCUACUUCUCGAGAAGGGCGUGUUACGAUCCUGGCUCAACACUGGCGGGCGGGACGGGCCCCACAUGAGCUCGGUGCGGCCAACCAGGCGGCGCUCAGUGCGUUCGGCCGCCAAGAUUGGGAAGACCCACUGA